AAGGAGUGAGCAGAAGCUAAACACCUCAGCAAGUGCAGUCGCAGCCGCCACAAACGAAUCCUGAUCAACCUCUAUGCUCUCUCACUCUCAUUCUUCCAAUCACAGCCGUUGAUUCUCCGAUCUAUGAGCCUUAUGCCCCUGAAACCUAGGUUCACCCUUACCUCCACAUUAUCACCGUCGUCAUCCGCCAUGUCUUCCAAAAUCAACGGUCAGAUUUCCCCCCAGCCCUGCCCCCAUUUAGCCGAGCUCCGCCGCAUCUCCUCUAAGCCAUUCCUCGCCCUCCACGACUGCCUCCGGAUCAAGCCUCCCGGUGGCCGCGCCUCCCUCCGCCGUGAUCCCGACGAGGUCCCGCGCUGUGGUGCCUGCGGACUCUCCUCUCCUUCUCGCCUCUACGCCUGCAUCACUUGCGCUGCCGUCUCUUGCCACUCCUCCGCCGCCGGCUGCCCCUCCCAUGCGGCAGCUCACGCUGCCUCAAUGCCGCCUGGUCACCAGAUCGCCGUCGACAUCGACCGCGCCGAGCUCUUCUGCUGCACGUGCCGCGACCAGGUCUACGAUCGCGAUUUCGACGCUGAGGUAGUGAUCGCUCAGACCACCGCAUCAACCCUCGGCGGCUCAGGAUCGCCGGCGAUCGCGCCGCCGCGACCAGAGAAUCUCCGAAAGCGCCGAAGAGUGGAUUACCGGCCUUGGUCUCCUGAUCUGCGCGAGCGCUCUCUGAUCGGAAGCUGUUCUAGCCCGAUCGACGGCUCCGGCAUCCGCGCCGAUUCUUUUCCGGAAUUACCGCGGGGAUUGCGCGGGUUGAACAAUUUGGGAAACACGUGCUUCAUGAAUUCGGUGUUGCAAGCGCUGCUUCACACGCCACCGUUAAGGAAUUACUUCUUGAGCGAUAUGCAUAACAAGUAUUUUUGCCAGAAAAGGAGCAAUGCUGAUGGUGAUGCCGGCAGUGCGGGGAAGAGAAGUGGUGGUAUCAAUGUGAACAAGAAUGGGCGAAUAUGCUUAGCUUGCGAUAUGGAUGCUAUGUUCUCUGCUGUGUUUUCGGGAGAUCGUGCACCCUAUAGUCCCGCAAAGUUCUUAUACAGUUGGUGGCAACAUGCGGCCAACCUUGCCAGUUAUGAACAACAGGAUGCGCAUGAAUUUUUCAUUUCUAUGCUUGCUGGAAUCCAUGACAAGGUGGAGAAGGAGCGGGGUAAGCCACAUAGUGAAGGCAACGGUGACUGUUGUAUUGCUCACAGGGUAUUCUCUGGUAUCUUGCGAUCUGAUGUUAUGUGUAUGGCCUGUGGUUUCACAUCAACAACUUAUGACCCAUGCAUAGACAUAUCAUUGGACUUGGAACCAAAUCAAGGGGGUUCUACCAAGAUGGCUGCCACAACAUCCAAUCAUUCUUGCAAUGGUGAGGCCGAUUGCAUGAAUUCGAGCCAAAACUGUGGGACAUCUACCCUGAUGGGGUGUUUGGAGAGAUUUACAAGAGCAGAGAGAUUGGGGGCAGACCAAAAAUUUUUCUGUCAGCAAUGUCAGGUGAGGCAGGAAACACUCAAGCAGAUGUCCAUAAGGAAGCUUCCCCUUGUUUCUUGCUUCCAUAUAAAAAGAUUUGAGCAUUCUUCAACGAGAAAGAUGUCAAGGAAGGUGGACCGCUAUCUGCAGUUCCCAUUUUCACUAGACAUGUCACCUUAUCUUUCAUCAUCAAUCUUAAGGAGUCGGUUUGGGAACAGAAGUUUUCCUUUUGAUGGUGAUGAGCCUGAUGCUUCAAAUGAGUUGUGUUCAGAGUUUGAAUUGUUUGCUGUCGUCACUCACACUGGUAAGCUAGAUGCUGGCCAUUAUGUGACUUACCUGCGAUUAAGCAAUCAAUGGUACAAGUGUGACGAUGCCUGGGUUACUCGAGUUGAUGAGAACAUUGUGAGGGCUGCCCAGGGUUACAUGAUGUUCUAUGUACAGAAAAUGCUUUACUAUAAAGCAACUGAUAAACAGGUCUCCUCAUGAUUGGCACAGGAGAUGGUCCAAAUCAUUGGUAUGCCAUGGUUAAUAUCAAUUUUCACUCUAAUGAUAUGCCAUGGCUUUAACAUUUAUACAUGCGGAAACAGGGAAAAAAAAAAGAAAAGGAAAAUAUGAUUUCUUCGCAUCAUACCUAGCUACUCUGUAUCAUUGCUAGAGAUGAGAAUUUAUCCUUUCAAGUUGGAGGAAGAAACGAGCCAGAAUUUUUUAGGCACUCCAACUUUUUGAAAAC